CACUUGGAACUAACCGCCCGACAAACCCAGGCGGUGCCAUUUUGGUCUCAAGAGGUGGACGUUUUCGCAGCAGAUCAACGGAUCCGGAGGCGCCAUUGAUAAGUAUGGCGGAGGGAGGGUUAGAAGACAUUGGGACGGUGUCGUUCACAGGACUUCUAGACAAGUUAAUGGCCAUGACACUUCCGGUGCCGAAUGACAAACGUCAAGACCAGAACUGUAAUUACAUAAAUAUGCUCGUUUCGGCGUUCGGCAAGGAAUAUUGUCUGGUGGUAGGUAGCACCAAAGAGGGAACGCGUCUGCGCUCAAGGCAGGACGAGGGGGAUUACGACUAUAUUCUGCUCGGUAAUUUAAUUGUCCCUACUGAGUGUUUGGAGUACAGAGAAGACCUGCCCUGCUUUGUUCAUAUCAAAGGGUCCUUCAUGGGCGAAAAGUUUUGUGAUCAGCUGAUCGAUGGUGUGUAUUUACCAACAUGGUUGCUGAAGGAUGUCAGCUCGUUAGCAUUUCCUCGCUUGAAGGGCAUUUUUGAUAUGGUCAGCAGGUCAAAUACGUCCCAUGAUCGACAUACCCCGCACCUAGCUAUGAACAGCAGCAGCAAGGCAGGCUACAAUUUAGUUAAUUACGCAGACUGGAAUUGCGAAGCUCUAACUGUGAAGAAGAACGUCAGAUCUGCAAGUGAACGUUCUCUACUAAAUCAGUUCGAGAAGCGUAGAGAAGAUUCACAAGCUCUUCAAGGUGACACUAACAAUGUAGUGUCAUCGUUUGCUGCUGUUGUUGACUUUGCACAAAAUAUGAAGUCAAAGGAUACGUCAACCGGAUUAGUAUACCAGCAACUAGGGCCCAUGCUGUGCGCUUUGGCAGGUAAAAUGAGUGGAAUGUCAAACAAAAGGCAAACAGAAGAAGAUUUAGAUGAUGACCGGGUAAAUACUUUUGACUCCACUCCCCUCCCGGAUGCAAGCAAUAAUGCAACGAAUAGCACAGGCAAAAAAGCAAGAAUCCAGACUUCUGAAAACGAAGCGGCCGAUUUAGAUGCAAAAACAGAACAAAUGGAUACUUCAUCAACAAAUCAAACCAAUGAUCAGAACAGAGAAUCGAUAACGGUCAAUAAAAACACAAUCAGCAAUCAAAUGAAUAAAGGAGAAAGCAUAAACAUUACGAUCGACGAAGAAAACGAUCCCGAUGUAUACGCGACGUUUGGUAGCAAGUCAGAGAAAGACUUUAUCCCAGCACUACGGCUGUCUGAACCUCCAAAAUUUAUAGAAGAAUGGAAGCAGCGAACUGGUCUUGGUUAUUGGCCACGUCCUCAAGUUGUAGAGGUUAUUUCCAGAAGCCAGUUUUUUGUUGUUGCUAAACCAGCAGUCAAAGAUGAAAAGCCAGACAUGGAUUUCUGUCUUUCCUGCAAUCUGGCUGAGAUCAUACUGGCAAAGGAGACGCCCCCGGGUCACAAGAAAUGCUUGCUGAUGGUCAAGGCUUUCCAGAGAAGCAUACUGGAGGAAUACUCUAAGGUCCUGACAACAUUUCACUGGAAAACCGCUCUUUAUCGGUUGCUUGAGUCAACCGAUCCGGUCACCUACUUGGAGAGCAGUGAAGGCGUACUGAAUGUGUUGAGGAGCCUCCUGGACUACAUGCGAGAUCGGCUACACGAGGGUAACCUACAACAUUACUUCUUCCCGAGCAACCUCUUCGCAGGUUUGGAGACGUGCGUUCGCGCUGAAAUUGCCAAAAAGUUAGAAGAGAUCUACAAUGAUCCUAUUUGGCACUUAAGAUCAUUCUUCUGUCUUGAAAAAGAGCGAGUCAGUAAGCCACGCGUAGUGAAAAUACCGGCGAGUGCAAUUGCAAAAGUGAAAAGCGACGUAGAAGAUAAAAGAGAUGAACUGUCGGUAGAUGCAUUUGCAAAUGCUCUUGAAGGAUUUGCACAACCAUCCUCUACAGAAGUACCGGUACAAAACCUUCUCCUACAGAUUCUGGAAACUGCUCUUACUGAUGAGGAAGACAGAAGGAAAGAAAAAGAGACAAAGAAUCCCGGGAAAGCCAAUCCACCGACGGUAACAAAACACGACCUGGUGGAUAGUCUGAAAGGUCUCAUCUCCAAACUUGGAGCUGACGAGAAAGACAGGAGACAGGCAGAGAAGGAAGCAAAGGAAAAGGCCUUAUCAUAUUUCAAAAAAUAACUGUUUUGUUGUGCAAUAGCUGCCUCUAUAAUGUCUGUAUAGUUAAUAUAGAAUAUGACCUCUAGAGGAUUACAGCUGUAAUUUCAGCCGACGACAACGUUUUCCAAAUACAUUCAUAAGAAUUCAUACAUAUUUAUCAUUUAUGCUUUUCUUCAUCAUAUUCAGGGGUGUUAAACUUCUGCCUUAGAACCGAUUUCAUUAUUGUUGAAAACAAAACCGCAUAUGGUUUUAUUUUGUUUAAAUUGGUGAUGUUAUUGUCGAAAUUUAGUAGGUUUAACAUUCGAUGCAUGGGUUAUCCUCAAUAGAUACCAUAUACAAUUAUAAUACAACUUACACAAAAUCUGGGUCUGGAACUCAGGUUAAGACGACCUAGAGGUAAUUGAUGUCUGACCCGUGACAUAAGGGAUAUUCAAAACAUUUUAUAAAGAUGAAAACACUAACAACUUCCUCCUUUUAUAAUUAUGAAGAAGUGUUCUUCAUUCGUCAUGAAACUAAACAAAAUACGUUGAUUUUCAAUUUAAGGAUAAUUUUGCUUCUUUUUGAUUUAUCAAAAUAUUGGAAAAUUCUGGAAUAAAUGACACUCCUGAAAAAUCUGACAUCUCGU